AUGGGGUUCAGGAAGCUCAUAUCGUUUCAACCAGAUUAUGUCCCACAAUACCAUAUAACUAAGUAUAUCUCGGAACGAACUAAAUUGCAACUGGUGCAUAUAAAGCACAAAACCUCCACAUUGGUUCACGGUUAUUUUGCCGUUCCUACAGAAUGCCCUAAUGAUUCAGGAGCUCCACAUACAUUGGAGCAUUUGAUCUUCAUGGGUUCUAAAUCUUAUCCAUACAAAGGUUUAUUAGACACGGCCGGUAAUCUGUCUUUGUCUAACACCAACGCUUGGACUGAUACCGACCAAACUGUUUAUACAUUGAGCAGUGCUGGUUGGAAGGGAUUUUCGAAGUUGCUACCUGCUUAUCUGGAUCACAUUUUACAUCCAACUUUAACGGAUGAGGCCUGUUUAACUGAGGUUUACCACAUCGACCCGGAAAAUUUGAGUGAUAAGGGUGUGGUAUUUAGUGAAAUGGAAGCCAUUGAGACUCAGGGCUGGUAUAUUUCAGGGUUAGAAAAGCAACGAUUAAUGUUUCCUGAAGGAAGCGGUUAUCGGUCAGAAACUGGUGGCUUAACCAAAAAUUUGAGAACCUUGACCAAUGAAGAAAUCAGGCAAUUUCAUAAAUCUCUGUAUUCUUCUGAUAAUCUUUGUGUAAUCGUUUGUGGUAACGUACCAACGGAUGAACUGCUAACCGUCAUGGAAGAAUGGGAUAACACGUUACCGGAGAUUCCAUCGAACAUUCAAAAGAAAAGGCCAUUUCUGGAUAAUGAGCUAUCCCAUAUACCGCAAUCUAGAGAUAAAGUCACAGAAUCCACUGUAGAAUUCCCUGAGCUUGAUGAAAGUCAGGGUGAAUUACUCUUCUCCUGGAUUGGUGUCCCCUAUACAGAUUUUCGUAACGACUUAGCGGUUGACGUGCUGCUAGAUUACUUCACUGACUCUGCUUUAGCCGUAUUUACAAGAGAAUUGGUUGAGAUUGACGAUCCCAUGGCAAAUUCCACUGACUGUUGUACAGAUUAUUUUAUGAGAACCAUAAUCGAUCUUCGUAUCCAAGGUGUCCCAACAGAAAAAAUACCAGCAACGAAGAGUAAGGUAAUGGAAAUUUUGGAAACACAUAAAAUUGAUUUGUCAAGGGUAAGACAGGUAGUCGAAAAUACUAAAUGGGAAUAUUUACUAAACUAUGAAAAAAAUGGUGAGAGUCGUUUUUCUAGUGCGGUGAUCACGGACUACAUUUAUGGUUAUGAGGAUGGUUCUUCAUUAGUGUCGUCCCUUAAAGAUUUGAAUGAUUUUGAUGCUUUAUUACAAUGGUCCCAAAAGGACUGGCAGUCUUUGCUAACCAAAAUAUUUGUGGAUAAUAAACCCGUCAUAGUCACGGCUAAACCAAGCGCUCAAAUGUAUGAACGACUAGAGGAGGAGAAAUCAAAUUUGAUAAAACAAAGAGAAGCUGAAUUCGGCGAUAAAGAAAAACUGAAUUUAUCAACAAGACUGAACAAUGCAAAAACCAUUAAUGAUAGGCCAAUUCCAAAAUCUCUGCUACAGAAAUUUGAAAUUGAUAACCCCUCCAAGAGUGUUGAGUUUGUCGAUACGAAAAGCAUUGCGGCUGUCGAUUCGUAUAAAAAUAAUGAUGUUACUGAUCCGAUGACCAAAGAAAUUUUGGAAAUGAGGCCAGGUAACUUUCCUCUUUUCAUUCACUUAAACCAUUUCCCUUCUCAAUUUAUAGAGCUGCAUUUUUUGGUUAAUUCAGCAUCUAUUAAGGAUACUUCGCUUUUACCGUAUUUUAAUAUGUUUGAUGAGCUAUUUUCCAUGCCAAUGAAAAUCUUUGAUGAAGAGAAUAAUUUGGAAACCAUACUCUCGUUUGAGGAAGUUGUCGCCAAGCUGAAAUCGGAGACUAUUGACGCACAAAUCAAUCAAGGUUUGAAGGGUUCUUGUCCCGAUCUUAUUGAUUUUAAGAUUCAAUGUAAAGCUGGCAGUUACUCCAACUCUGUCCAAUGGAUUAAACACUGUCUAUUUGACAUGGUUUUUGACGAAAAUCGUGUUCGCAUUCUGCUAGAAAAUUAUUUGAAUUCUAUUGUAGAAUGGAAAAGAAAUGGUAAUGUUAUGCUGAAUUCUCUAACUAACAGAAAUCUCUAUUCAGCAAGAUCGCUGAAAAAAUCCACUGAUCCAUUAUUUGUUGAAGCAAAAUUACAAGAAAUCUUUGCGGAAAUCGAAAGUGGCAAUUUUGAGAAAGAAAUUUUACCAAGAAUAGAAACAAUGAGAAAGCAAUUGAGAGCGAAUUUCAAUAAGUUUCAUAUUUUGGUUCUUGGUGACAUCUCAAAGAUCGCUGAUAUUUAUGAACCAUGGAAUCCUUUGAUUGCGUGCUUAAACAUUGAACAUCCCGUUGGGAAGCUAAAAAUUCCACCGGUUCCUAGAGCCCUAGAUUCCAUUUCGUCAGUUUGCGAGAACCCUAGUGAAAAAGCCUUUAUAAUAACGACUCCUGCCUCAGAAUCUGCUUACAUGAAUCUCAUAACGUCUAUCCCAUUUAAUUUGGACUACCAUGAUCCCGAGUACGCUAUUGUUUCUUUGGCUUCCGAAUAUCUAGAAUGUGUUGAAGGCCCAUUUUGGAAGGGAAUUCGUGGUGCUGGAUUGGCUUAUGGCGCCAGCAUGUUAAAGCUAUGUGAGAUAAAUUCUUGGGGAUUCAAUAUUUACCGCGGCGCUGACAUUAUAAAGUGUUAUGAAGUUGGCAAACAGAUUGUUCACGAUUAUGCAUCCGGCGCCUUGGAAUUUGAUGAGCAGCUAAUCCAAGGUGCCAUCAGCAGUAUUAUUAAUAGGAUGGCCACUAUUGAAUGCGGAUAUUUUGAAACAGCUCUGUCCAGAUAUAUCGACGAAUUUUGUUUGCAAAGAGGGAAUAAUUUCAAUGAAUUGUAUUUGGAAAGGUUGCAAAAUGUUACUAAAACAGAUCUGAAAAAUGCCAUGCAGAAAUACUUUGUUAACAUGUUUGACCCCAAUAAAAGCGUUGCUUUUGUGAGCUGUCAUCCAGCUAAAUUGGAAGCAGUUCAAGAAUUCCUCGAAACUCAAGGUUUCACUGUUGAAAUAGAAGAACUAGAAGAAGAUGAGGAAGAAGUUGAUAGUGAGGAAGAUGAAAAUGCGUGA